CCCAAACAUCCAGACAGAUCCCAACAUCUCCAGCCACUAAGGAGAAAGAAAGGAGAAAAAAACUUUUUGCCAGACCAAACCACCAUCUCAGCCACACAAAAUCUCAUCACAAGCAAACAAAGCAAGCUUCACACACAAUGGCUGCCCCUCCACCAGCUCUCCUCGACCCCUCCAUCUUCGCCUCCCUCGAGGCCAAGCUCGAGGAAGAGACCCAGAUCCGCGAUACUCUGUCCCAGCUCAUCCAGCGACUGGAUCGAGCCGUGGCCACGGCCCAGGGCCUGCUCUCACGAGUCCACUCGACGCCUCGCUCACGCUACCCCCAGCUAGUCUCCCAAGUCGAGGCCGCCGUCAAAGAAGAAGCCGCCAUCAUCAGCGAGCUCGACACGGUCGCCUCCAAGCACCCAUACUACAAGUACAACCAGAGAUGGACGCGCUCAAUGCAGCACGCCAUCGGCACCGCCAUCUACUGCGCCUGGCUGGGCGGCUUCCCCUCCCAAUCUUCUGAAUCCGAAGCCUCUUCGCCCGCUGAAAUCGGCCGCCUCCUCACCCUCGAAGAAGUCGGCACCAUCUUCUCCGUCCCCACCAACCUCAAAGACCGCGACGCCUUCCACAUCACCAUAGAAGAGUACCUCCUCUCCCUCGUCGACCUCACCCAGGACCUCUCCCGCCUCGCCACAAACUCCGUCACCCUCGGCGACUUCCAGCUGCCCCUCACCAUCAGCGCCUUCGUCAAGGACCUCUUUGCCGGCUUCCAGCUGCUCAACCUCAAGAACGACAUCAUCCGCAAGCGCGCCGACAGCGUCAAGUACGAGGUCAAGAGGGUCGAGGACAUUGUCUAUGACUUGAGCCUGAGGGGCUUGAUUCAGAGGCCUGGCGCCGGGGACACGGAGAUGGAGGCUGCUGAGUAGUUGAAAGAAGAAGGAGGAAAAAGUUAGGACCUGUCGAGAAAAAUGGUUUCAUGAGAAAUACAAUCGUACUCAUUUAUUUUGUUUAACGAUGCAAGCUACGUAUUUAUUAGCUGAUAUUCCAGCUAAGGGCGGAAAACGAUUCAAAUGGAAUGGGAUAUGGCAAAUUCGUUUCAUUCAACUGAUACAUAAACAAAGAAGCUCUCCAUUUGUCUU